UGUUGACAGCGGAGGCUGCAGGAUGCCCUGUGAGGAGGAGGAGGAUCGGCUGUGAGCUCGGCCCGGAACGGAGCGCUGCCGCACAUCCCAGCUGUACCGACAGAGCUGGAGGAGGGGGGAGCCGGGCCCGGAGGCGGAGGACAGGAAGUGCUGCACCGUCUUUUGCUUGGUAUCUAUCAUCGCCUGAUGUUCCAGAAAAGUUAACCAAGGAAGGGGCAAUUUUCUUGCCGGUGCCAACUGCAUCCUGAAAGAUUCCUCUUCAACACCGUAUCAAGAUGGCGACAGACAGCCCCGAGUCUUUGAUGACCAUCUGUACUGAUUUCUGCCUCCGAAACCUAAAGGGGACCUUGUGCUACCUCUUGGACAAUGAGGUCCUGAAGCUACAUCCAGAUAUCUUCUUACCCAGCGAGAUCAGUGACCGGCUGGUGAAUGAGUACAUCGAGUUGGUGAAUGCAGACAGUGGUUUUGAGCCACAUGAAAGCUUUUUUACCCUGUUCUCAGAGCCACAGAGCACAAGACUCACCCGGCUACAUUUAAGGGAGGACAUUGUCCAGGAUCAAGACCUAGAAGCCAUCUGUAAACAAGACCUUGUAGAACUGUAUCUUACAAACUGUGAGAGGCUAACGGCCAAGAGCCUGCAGACCCUGUCCCACUUUAAAUCCACUCUGGUGUCCCUCAGCCUUUUUGGCUGCAGCAACAUCUUCUUCGAAGAGGAGAACCUGGGCCGAUACAAUGAUACCGACUGCCUGGUGAACCCCAGUCGACAGAUCCUGUCCCGGGACUUCAGUUUUCAGGGAUUCGGCCAUCUUCGCUUUCUAAAUCUCGGUUGUAUCACCAAAGGCGUAGAUGUGAAAAUGAUGGUGCGUCCGCUUAUGUGUUUAAAGGCUUUGAAUCUGUCAGGAAUUCAGAUGAAUGACAUCGGCUUUCUGACUCAGUGGAAGGACACAAUGGUGUCUCUUGUCUUGUACAACAUGGACCUCUCCGAGGAGCACAUACAAGUCCUUGUGCAAUUGAAUAAACUCCGGCACCUGGAUAUUUCCCGUGAUAGACUAUCCACCUAUUACAAGUUCAAACUGACUCGCAAGGUGCUAAGCCUAUUUGUGCAAAAUCUUGAAGAGCUUGUAUCCUUGGACAUCUCUGGUCACAUGAUGUUGGAGAACUGUGCUAUUUCCAAGAUGGAUGAUGAAUUGGGCCCUGCAAGCACUGACCCCAGCAAGAGCAGUAUCACUCCAUUCCGCAGUUUAAAGAAACCUUUGCAGUUCUUGGGCCUCUUUGAAACAUCUCUAUGUCGCCUAACUCACAUCCCAGCUUACAAGGUGAGUGGAGAUAAAAACGAGGAGCAAGUUCUCAAUGCCAUAGAAGCAUACACUGAGCAUCGCCCUGAGAUCACCUCUCGUGCCAUAAAUCUGCUUUUUGAUAUUGCUCGUAUUGAAAGAUGCAACCAGCCACUAAGGGCCCUGCAGCUGGUAAUUGCUGCCCUCAAAUGUCACAAGUAUGAUAAAACAAUUCAGGUGACAGGAAGUGCCGCCUUAUUCUAUCUUACGAACUCUGACUACCGUAGUGAACAGAGUGUCCGGCUCCGGCGGCAGGUCAUCCAGGUGGUGCUAAAUGGCAUGGAGUCCUAUCAGGAAGUGACGGUGCAGAGAAACUGCUGUCUCACACUGUGUAACUUUGGCAUCCCAGAGGAGCUAGAAUUCCAGUAUCAUCGGGUGAAUGAACUGCUUCUGAACAUUCUGAUCCCAACCCGUCAGGAUGAGUCCAUCCAACGCAUUGCUGUGCAUUUGUGUAACGCGCUAGUCUGUCAGGUGGAUAAUGACCACAAGGAGGCAGUGGGGAAGAUGGGCUUUGUCAUGACUAUGCUUAAGUUGAUCCAGAAGAAGCUGCAAGACAAAACUUGUGACCAAGUCAUGGAAUUUUCCUGGAGUGCGCUGUGGAACAUUACUGAUGAGACUCCAGAUAACUGUGAGAUGUUCCUCAACUACAGUGGCAUGAAGCUGUUCCUAGACUGCCUGAGGGAAUUUCCAGAGAAGCAAGAACUUCAUCGCAACAUGCUAGGGCUUCUGGGUAAUGUGGCAGAGGUACGCGAACUGCGGCCACAGCUGAUGACAUCACAGUUUAUUACCGUUUUCAGUAACCUCCUGGACAGUAAAGCAGAUGGGAUUGAAGUGUCGUAUAAUGCCUGCGGGGUGCUUUCACACAUCAUGUUUGACGGCCCAGAAGUUUGGUUCAUUUUGGAGCCAUCAAGACAGGAGGUUGAGGAACGCAUGUGGCGAGCCAUCCAGAGCUGGGAUAUAAGCUCCAGAAGGAACAUUAAUUACCGGUCAUUUGAGCCAAUUCUUCGUCUUCUGCCCCAGUGUGUUUCCCCCAUCAGCCAACACUGGGCAACGUGGGCUUUGUACAACCUUGUAUCUGUAUAUCCAGACAAAUAUUGUCCUCUUCUAAUCAAAGAAGGUGGGCUCCCUCUGCUGGUGGAUGUGGUCAACAUGCCAACUACACGCCAAGAAACCAAGGAUAUGGCUAGGAAAGUGCUUCAGCAUUGUGGUAAUUAUAAUGAAGAGAGCAUGGACACGUUACUAUAAAAGGGAGACGGCAAGCAACGGUCUCCACCCGUACUUCAGACCUCUCUACAGAAAGGCCCGGUGUCCAGCUUUACACCACAGGCAGCCAUAUGUGGCUUCAUUUGCACAGGAAAAUAUGAAUAUUGUUAUCCCUGAUUCAUAACUUUUUUUUUCUCUUUUGAUUUCACAUAUAUUUGGAUGUAAUUUCCAUGAGAGAAUUCAGUAGCAGAAAAGGAAAUGGGAAACGUACGGUAUAUCUGUUCCAGCGAUUACCCUUGGAUCUCAUUACUCUUUGGAACCUGCUAAGCCAUUAACAUGGCGCUAACAGAACAAUAUGGUGUCCAAAUGUUUGCUUUCCCUUUCUUACUGAUGGAUACUGCCGGGAAUCUUGCAAACAGUUGCGUGGAGAAAGUCAAAUAUAUAUGCAUAUUUAAAGUACAUUUUUACUAGUAGUUUGCCCCCCCCAGUGGUUAAUGUGGAUUUUUUUUUUAAUCAGCCUAACGAUCGCCAGCUUUGAGAACUGUGGAAGGAUAUCCAUGGGUCGCACAAGUUAUCUGAUCACACUACAGUGCCCUCUGGUGGCCAAAAACUACUUUGCUACGUCUUUUCAAAAGACUGAUCCCCCUAAAAGUGAGGAAAUUAAAAAAAGAAAGCGAUGAUUCCAUUAAAUUCUCAUAAGUUGAGGAAGAUUUAAAAAAAAAAAAAAAAAAAA